CUCUUGAGCGCGUAAACCGUAUCCCUUCAUUCAUCAGGCCGUUUCCUGAAGCCAUUUCUAGGCGGCAGAAGCGAGAGUUGCGCUACUUUUAAAUCCGUUGCAUCUGCCUAAAUGCACUUUCUUAAGGAAAAAUACUUUUUAAAAGUCGAUAGUUCAGACAUUAUUCUUCACUUCAGUCUGAUUAUUUUUGUAAUUAUUGCGACGGAUUAGCGGCCACACGGGCUUGAAAGUUCAGAGACAAGAAAGGGGUUACCCCGAAUACGCAAGAUGAGAAGAGGGAUCUCCUCGGCUCCGGACAAAGUGAUUUUAGCAGGGGUUGGGGGCUCUUCUCUGGAUAAUAAUAUCAUUUUAACAGCCCUCUCGGAUCGUUUAAACCCUGGUCAACCCAAUGCUACUUAUAUCCAAAUAAUAACCACACCACCGCCUUGCAACGUUACACAGACAUCAAAUGUGUGUUUUUCCGAGCCUCAGGUUAACAACAUUUACACAACUCCACAACAAGCUGCAGCUAACGGAGCAGGACAACGACCCGCUCUGGGAAGACCACCGGCAAAAAGGCGUUUGGCACUUGAUGAUUCAGACCACCAGUAUCAGUCAGAACCAGCCAGAACUCCAAGAGGUAGAGGAGGAGCCACAGCAGCCAAUGGAGCCCGGCUAAAGACACCUAGAACACCUAAGUCUCCACCGGAGAAGACUCGGUACGACACCUCUUUGGGCCUGUUAACAAAGAAGUUUGUGGACCUACUCGCUCAGUCAUCCGACGGUGUUUUGGACCUCAACCUUGCUGCUGAAACCUUACAGGUGCAAAAACGGCGGCUGUAUGACAUCACCAACGUCCUAGAAGGUAUUCAUCUAAUCAAGAAGAAAUCCAAGAACAAUAUUCAGUGGAUGGGCUGCAGUCUGUUGGAGGUAGAGGGGGCACUGAGCCAAAGACAAAGACUGACAGCAGAAGUUUCUGCUCUCGGGGAAGAAGAACAGCGGCUCGAACAACUCAUCCAGCGAUGCACCAUCGAUAUGAGACACAUGAGCGAGUUGGCUGGCAACCAGAAGUAUGCUUAUGUAACAUAUCAAGACAUCAAACAGGUGGACAGCCUCAGAGACCAGACUGUCAUUGUUGUCAAAGCACCCACAGACACCAAACUGGAAGUACCAGACCCUGAUGAGAGUUUAUCCAUACACCUGACCAGCACCAAGGGUCCCAUAGAGGUCCUCUUGUGCCCAGAUGAAGAGAACGAUAUCAGGAGUCCUGUAAAAAAUGGCAACACGGAUAUUAAUGGGAACUCCCCUUUCCUUAAAGUUGUUCAAGAUCCCAGAUGCACCACCACCUCUCCCAGCUCCUUCCUGUCUCCACCUGCCUCGUCCUCUGCUGUCUCCGUCACGACUCUUUCCCCCAUUUCGUCCCCCUACACCAGUCUCCUCCAGCAGACAGAAGACCAGAUCCAGUCAUCUCUUGGGCCUUUCUUAAACCUCGGGCCUCCCAUGGAACAAGACGACUACCUUUUGGGUUUGGGAGAUGACCAAGGAAUUAGUGACUUGUUCGAUGCCUGUGACUUUGAUAAAUUGCCGUCGCUUGGUCUGGAAGAUCUUCUGUGCAGCUAGCAUUAGCUGAAAGACGGAGACGAAACACUGAGGGCUUCCUUGUCCCACAGGGGGCUUAAUGCCAUGUUUUCUAUGGCAUGAAUGAUAAAAUGGCCUGGUUAGUGAGACGCCUUUGCUCUUUUUUCCCCCCACUGAAAGGAAUUUUACACAGAUGGUAUAAAAUUGUAGGGGAAGGGAAUCCACUCUCUGUUUCUUGUGGUGUUUCACUGUACAGAGACCAACAAACAGCAGAGCAGCGUGAAGGAAAACACUCCCACACCUCCUGGCAUUACUACUACACAUGUCCUGGUUAACUGGGUUGGGUAAAGCUAAUUCUAUGCUAAAUCUGUUUGCAUUUAAAGGUUAAGUUUUAUCCACAUAUUUUCUUCAAUGCAUAUCAUUGUCAGAUGUGCAGAUUUCUGCAGGUAAACCUUAAUGUGUUGAUGCCAAGUAUUGUGGGAGUGGAAAUCUGAAGAAUUCUUAAUUCAUACACCAACAUUUCUGUGAUUGAAGGCUUGCAUUGUUGACUGUUAUUUAGGCAUCUUUGUGUGCAAAUGUAGAUUUGUUUAGAAAUUAGAAACUGAAAAGAAAAUGGGGCAGUUUUGGUGUACAGCAUUCAACUACAGUUGGCUAAUGGUGAGGUCAGGGAGGCGAUGGUUCUGCUCUGCCCCCCCCCUUGGGCUCAUCACAUCGGCGUUGUGUACAUUAAGCGCCAUGCUCUGUUUUAAAAGUUGCAUGGAAUCCUGUGUGGGAAUACUUUAAAUGCUCUUAAACACAACAGGUGUACAACCGUCUAUCAUUUAAUGAAACUGGGCAAAUGCAAAUUUGAACUGUGCAAUGAUGUAUACAGAAAUGCUCGCCAUAAAAAAAGUUUUUUCUUUUUGUUUGUUUUUUUUUUUUUAAAGAAAUCUGUUAGGUUGCAAACGAAGCUCAGAAAAGCCAUCACCCCCUCCAUAAUAGGGAGUUUAGCAAAAGCACCUGAUGUAAUUUUACAAAUCAGCCUUUUGAAGACACAUAACAUAAACUUAAAAAUGACUUCCAACUCUUUGAUACCUUGUAAAUUCAGGACUUAAACUCCUUUGUGCUUGCUGCUGCUUCUUCCCUGUCACCAUAUCCAAAUUUCACCCCAUCGUCUCAGACUGUGCUGACUGAGUUUAAUACCUUGUCACUGCCUGUUUAGUGUGUAUAAGUCUUGAGUAUAAUGGUUAUUUUCCUUUUGGCUUCUAGAGCUGUAGAAUUUUAUUGGAUUUUAAAACUUGUGUAUAACUGAUAGCAUGUUCUAGGAAGCAAAGGACGUGAUUUUCACUAAAUUAGGCUUAAGUAUGCAAUGGAAGUUUAGCCCCCCCCCCCAAAAAAAACAUACAUGUAAUAUGGAAAAACAAAAAGAAAAAAACACAGAUGAAUUGGAAUAAAAAAAACCUGCUGAUUUACAGUUGCUUAAUCUGUAGUUCUUUAAGAAAGUUGACAACAUGCUGAAAUAGAAGUUAUGAAUUUCUUGUCUAAAGGUUUUAGAAAUGACAGGUAAACUCUGCUGCUACUAAUUACCCCCUCCCACCCCCGCACCCCCUCGCCUGACUCGAUCCGUGCGUGCUUGAGUAGUUGCGUGUGCAGCUUGAAUGAGUUGUCAGACCAGCUUGCUGAAGUGUAAACCAGCUGUGUGUAAAUUGAUGUACAGUUUUCUAUGAUUUUUUUUUUCUUUCCAAUGCACAAGGUACUGUAGGCUACCUCUCACUAAAUGUUGAACAAUAGUAAUAGAGUGUAGAGGUCAAUGCCAUAGUGUGUGUGUGUGUGUGUGUCUUUAAAUUUCCUUUUUGUCAUAGAAAGCAUUGUAUUAUUUAGCAGUUAUAUCCCCAGAUAUCAGAACAAUACCUUCGAUCAAAAGCCCAUUUCAUGCCGUCACAUUUUACAUUUCAUCCAUGGGGAUGAAAUGUGAUGGGAAAAGAAAAGAAAAUGGACAAGUGAAUUGCAAUUUAUUGUUUUUGGUUUUGUGUUUUGAUAUUUCCAGUAAGUUAUUCAGUUAUUUUGUCAGUGUGUUUGUUUCUUUUUCUUUUUUUUUCCCCUUUAAAAGCAGAGCAGCUCCCAAACCCCAUAGUACAACAUGUUCAUACCAUUUGCUGUGUUGCUGGUCAUUAACAGAUGUGUCUGUAAAUGUCACUGAGAUAGGAUCAUUUAUGUAAAAGCUUUGAUUUUUGCAACACUUGCGUGUAUUUUGGAAUGUCAGGGAGUCUUUAACAGUUGAGGGAAAAAAAAGAAACUUUCUGCUCCUUACACUUGGAGAAUGCUGAAGUUUGUUGAUUGUAAAAUUAGCUCAAAUGUGUUCAGUUAAUUGGAGAAUUUAGACCCCUAUUUAGCUCUGCUUAGCCAGUGCCACAACUGGAAAUCAACGCAACUGACUUGAAUGCGCAAAAACAUCCUUAUUUAUGGUUUACAAUUGCCCUAUAAGCAUAUUUAUAUUAGUGUAUUUUGUGUGUUCCAGACAAGUUUUCUCUCAUUUAUUUUUCUCCCCUUGGCCCCACACUUUCCAGUAUACACAGAUGUUUCUCCCAUCCAUUUCAAACCACCAGACUCUAGUUGAGAUAUUUUUAUGUGUUGGAAAUGUGUUGGUUUUUUGGAACGAGUGUAUGUUUCCAUAAAUUGCAAUGGAAUGUUAGAUUUUAAUGCACCACUAAAAGUGUUUUGUAUUAUGAGUGACUAAAAAUUUGAGCUUUUUUUUCUAUUGUAUGAUUCUGAUGUGUGAUUAGAUUUUACAGAAAAGUUAUAAUUAGGCCUAAUGUGAUGUUAACGAUAGUCCAGACUGAAAUGGCACUGUUUUUUCUGGGUUAUUCUUAAGCUGUUACCAAAUACAACAUAUGUAUCCAUAAAUAAUCUGUGAAGAUAGUGGAAAAGCAACUAUUUCAUAGGAGGAAACAAACAACAAAAAAAAAAACAAAUCACAAAAAACAAAACAAAACUUAAAAAGUAUAAUAUUGCUGCUUGGUUCCACUAACUACAAAAGAAAAAAAAAAGUAAUUUGCAGUUUGAAUGCAUGGAUGAAAGUGCUGUUGAAUGUUAAAGUAAACUAAUUGGAUGUUUUUGAUGUCUUAUUUAGUUAUGAAUAGUUUCUACAUCCAUUUAAUGAGGAAUUUAGGUUGCGUGGGGAUGGGAGGGUUAUAUGGAAUUGUUUUUCGUACUUUGGGCAUUUGUAAUUGGAAAAAAAUAAAUAAAGGCUAUAUAAA